AUGGCAGGAGACAAGGAAGAGCCUCUACUGGCUGCCACCACUCCGAGACGUGAGGAGUAUAACAACAGUAUAACAAGACAGUAUAACAGGCAGUAUAACAACACAGGUUUAUUAUACGUGCUUGAGAAGAAACAAGUGGGAUGUACAAACUUUGAGCGCAACAGUGAAUAUGAAAAAAAUAUACACUGUCUUUUUGGCAAGAAGCCGUCCUGCUUCCUGGCUGGUGUUUAUGGUGAGAUAAAUCCAACCACAAACUGUGUGAGCAUCUUGGCCUUCCUGUUUGCCAUUCGGGACAUCAAUCGGAACCCCCGGCUCUUGCCCAACGUCACUUUGGGCUACAACAUCUACGACAACUACGGUGAUGCACGUCUGAGUUACGACGGCUUGUUCUACCUGCUCUCCUCUGGGCAAAAUAAUAUCCCGAACUAUCACUUCGGAAGAGAGAAGACCCUCCUGGCUGUUGUUGAAAGGGACGAGUCUGAAAUCUCCAUCCAGAUUUCACAUCUGAUGGGCAUCUUCAAAAUCCCACAGGUCAGUUAUGGGUUUGUUUCGCACAUUCUUAACGAUCCGGUUCGGUUUCCUUUUUUCUUUCGGAUGGUUCCGAAAGAGGAGCAGCACUACCUGGGAGUUGUCAGACUGCUGGUGCAUUUCGGAUGGACGUGGAUCGGUCUCAUCGCGUCAGACACUGAGAAUGGAGAACAGUUCCUGAGAGUCUUUCCUCCUCUGGCCAGCAGGAGUGGGGUUUGUGUGGCCUUCUCACUGACUUUCCCAACUGUAAACAUAUUCACAAGAAAGACAGAAGAAUUGUUCUUGUCGUCGGAUGCAUUUCGCUUGUGGAGGGAGGUCAAUGUAUUUGUUUUUUAUGGGGAGACGCAAGUUUUGGUCGAUAUAUUUUUCUGUAUACAAACACUAGCUGAAAAGUGGAUCAAUCCCCCUGUGGGGAAAGUCUGGAUCACCACGGCCUUGUGGGACCUCACCUUCUCUUUUUGGAAACCACAAUUAACUUCUGAUCAACUCUAUGGCUUCUUUUCCUUUUCAAUGCAGACAAUCAAAACGAUAGAAUUUCUCACUUACGCAAUGUUGUACUCCUCUAUCGAGCAGUUUUGGGAGCAAUCAUUCCAUUGCGUGUAUUCAAAGCCCGCUUUGUCUGUGAAAGGCCAAGUCAGCUGUGCAGAGAGAGAGAAUCUGGAGGACCUUCCCCAGGAUAUGAUCGAAACGAUCCUUUUGCGAGACAGCUAUCUGACGUUCCAUGCUGUCCACGCUGUGGCACGGGCCUUACACGCCACUUACUCAACAAGAUCCAAGCAGGUAUUCAGCAGGGGCAGCUUGAGACCCCGCCCUCUACAGCCCUGGCAGCUUCAUGCUUUCCUGAGGAACAUCCCACUGUACAAUACUUCCAAGGGUGAAGUGUACUUGGAUGAGAACAGGGACGUUGCAGUAGAUUUUGACAUUGAGCAGUGGGUGGGAUUUCCCAAUCACUCCCACGGGGGAGUGAAAGUGGGGACUGCGGAGAGACAGUCAUCUGGAGAGCCCAAAAUCACCAUUCACCAGAAGGCUAUUAUGUGGCCCAAGAGGUUAAACCAGGUGGGGAAAUCUACUGAUUUCAUAGCCUUUUCUUGAUCACUUUCUGUGAUCAUGUAAAUGAAUGUAUUUGUUUGUUCUAGCUGAGGUAUAUUGAAAUAAAUAAAAAACAGACUUCAAUAUGGGACAAUGCAGAAGAAGAAAAA